CUUGUUGGUUUUCGAAAUGGGCUAUAUAGGGAAAUCAUGGACAUUCCAGACACAGCUGAAAGACUUAUAGUAUGCAGUAUACUGCUAAAUAAUGUACAUUAUAUCUGUGGCAUUGGGUUUAUAGCUUGCGGUUCAGAAUCAUUCAUCGGUAACAAGACUGAAAGCCUCCAUAUUAUUGAUAUUUGUCAUUACCCAACUGAUGCUAUAUGGCUUGUCGAGGAUGCGCUUGGAGUCAGGAGUAUGAAAUAUGGAAGCUCUCCAUGGUUGUUUGGUGACCCCAAGUACAUCCGUUGUUGGGAGGGACUCAGUCUGAGACAGGGACCUAGGAGCUUGAGGAUCAUUCGUGAUGCUCUAAAGUUCCGACACCUAGGCUGGCUGCAUCAAAGUAACCCUACUUUUGAAGAAACCAUCUUGGUUCGAAAUGAGCAUCCGUCUAGGUCAGGCCAAAGAUUUCUAAAAGAAGAGCUUUACGUGCAGCAAAGUCCAGCAUGAGAGAGCGAAUUAGUGAACAGAUUUGGUAAAGUUCCUACAGAGGCUAUGUGGCUCAGCAGGGAUCUAAAGACCAUCAAAAUAUAUACUGAAGGAGGGCUCAGUGGCAUAGCCGGCUUAUCGAUGUGUACGGAUUCAGAUAACCAGAGUAUUGGUCUCUGUGAGGGCCGUUUCUCGUUUUAUGGCAUUGCACACCCCUCAC